CGAAUGGAAAAUCCGUGGCUGCGGUUCAUUUUACAUGCGCUGCUGUCUCUUGGAACCAGGGGAAGGCUGGGAUGUUGUUUUGUUGAGCAUGCAAAAAAUGUUAUGUUGGGACGGGCACUAGCCCAAGCGAGCUUUAUCUUACUAUAAUUGGAAGUUUUCUGACCUAGAUCCGCUGGCUGGGGCAAACCAUCGCAACCUCUACCACCUCACAACAGAACGUUGGGGAUGGGAGUAAGUUCCCCAAAGUCCUGUUUUCUUCGCCAAAUGGGAGGAAGGAAGAGGGAAUAUUCGACUUGUGUUGCCAGCCCUCAUCAGAAAAGGGAAUAACUGUGUGCGCGAAGGGAGAAGAAAAAAAACCACCCGACCGAUAUCCGUAUCCCUCCGUCAUUUAAGAUGCCCUUUGCUUCUCGCUCCUCCUCAACCGGAACAGAUUUAUUCUGCCUUCACUUGGACGUCAACCGCCCAUCACUUGGCUGUCGUUAUCUUACCUCGUUUUCUUCGCAAUCGUUGCGAGAACUUUAAAAACUCCUCCCUUCACUCAUUUCCUUCUGCUGCAACAGCUGAACCAUCAUCUCCGCUAUCAUGGUUCCUGCUGCUUCUUCUCCUGCUGGGCCUGCCGGGGCUGCUGCAAAGCUCCGAAAGACAAGAUUAGUCGGUCCUCACAUCAGUGAAACGCCAAUUACUUUUGGAAACCUGUGGCAACAUAUCAACAAACUCAACAUUACCCUCAUCGUCUUGGUUCCUCUACUUGGUGUUUGGGCAGCUUUCUACACCCCCCUUCGAACACUUACCCUUUGCUGGGCCGUCCUCUAUUACUUCUGGACCGGUCUCGGCAUCACCGCCGGGUACCAUCGUCUUUGGGCUCACACCUCAUAUUCAGCACGCCUUCCGUUGAAGAUCUUCCUUGCAGCUCUUGGUGGCGGUGCUGUUGAGGGUUCUAUUCGUUGGUGGUCUCGUGAUCACCGAGCUCAUCACCGUUAUACCGAUACCGACAAGGAUCCCUAUAGUGUCCGCAAGGGAUUGUUGUACUCACAUGUGGGAUGGAUGAUUCUUAAGCAGAACCCUAAGCGUAUUGGACGUACCGACAUUUCUGACUUGAAUGAGGACCCCGUUGUUGUCUGGCAACACAAGAACUACCUUGCGGUUGUCAUCUUCAUGGGUCUCGUCUUCCCGUCCUUCGUUUCCGGAUUGGGUUGGGGUGAUUGGGUUGGUGGAUUCGUCUACGCCGGCAUCCUCAGGAUUUUUUUCGUGCAACAGGCAACCUUCUGCGUCAACUCUCUUGCUCAUUGGCUCGGAGACCAACCCUUUGACGAUCGUAACUCUCCUCGUGAUCACGUUAUCACCGCCUUGGUCACUCUUGGCGAAGGAUACCACAACUUCCAUCAUGAGUUCCCUAGCGACUAUCGUAAUGCUAUCGAAUGGCAUCAAUAUGAUCCCACCAAGUGGACCAUCUGGAUCUGGAAACAGCUGGGUCUCGCCUAUGACCUCAAGCAGUUCCGUCAAAACGAGAUCGAGAAAGGCCGUCUUCAACAGCAACAGAAGAAACUCGACCGUAAGCGCGCCACUUUGGACUGGGGUGUUCCUCUUGAGCAGCUUCCUGUCAUGGAAUUUGAGGAUUACCAGGAGCAAGCCCGGAAUGGACGCGCUCUUGUGCUUGUUGCCGGUGUUGUUCACGAUAUUUCUUCAUUCAUCAACGACCACCCUGGUGGAAAGGCAAUGAUCAACUCCGGAAUUGGGAAGGACGCUACUGCUAUAUUCAACGGUGGUGUCUAUAACCACUCCAACGCUGCCCACAACCUCCUCUCCAACUUCCGCGUGGCUGUCAUUCGUGGCGGAUGUGAGGUCGAGAUCUGGAAGCAAGCCUCAAAGGAGAACAAGGAUGUUGAUGCUGCUCUCGACAGCAACAACCAGCGCAUCGUCCGAGCUGGCAACCAAGUCACUCGAAUUGCCGAACCAAUUGCUGCUGCUCCGGCAUCAUAGGCUAAUGUCGCCAGAUUUUGACUACCUUCUUGACUUUAAUAUUUCCUUGUUUUGCAUCCCGGGAUGGAAUCAAUGGGGCGGGGUUAUUGUUAUCUUGGAUUCAGGUUGCGAAAAUAGAUAUUCGGCCACGUAGCGCCUCGGUGACUGGGGCUUACAAAUCAUUGGGCCGACAGUGCGUAGUUUUCCUUUUCUUUUCCCUAUGAAAUGGGUUUGGGCGUCAUGUGAAUUUCAUUUUCUUGUUUUCGACAUUCAUGUCGGUUUUUUUCUUCCACCCCCAUGAGCCAUCAUGUGUCUUUAGAUAGGUUGGGAGUGGUGGCGGUUGGGAGAGACCGAAAGGGCACGGACGAGGAUCGGUCUCCUGAGAGCUGGCAUGGGAUUGUGGCUUAUGGUGUAAAUAGUCCCCAAAAGUACAGUACACUCUUCGGUUGGCAGAAUCAUUGAUAGCUCGGCUUUCAUACCGCUUGAGUA